UUUAUCACAUCGCCGCAUCUAACCCUAAACUGUCUCUAAGUGGCUCCGCCGGACAGCUUGUUUCCAUUGAGGCUGCAGAGCUUUAUUUCUCCUCGCAGUGUUGAGUUCACACAUAGAGGGAGUUGCCUCGCUGCUGAUGCUGCUGAAAUCAAUUCUUUAUCUCCCAUCUUCUCUUAUCGCUCUUAUCUCCCCUCUCCCCCCUGGAGUCGACACCGGUGGCUUAUUGGACGCGCUGGAUGGCUGGUGCACUUAGCGAACCGGCGUGAAUCUUUUUUACCCCCCAUUAUCAUCAUCAUCAUCAUCUUUCUCUGAGCCUGUGAACAAAACUGCAACAACAAUGACAGAGCCGGCCACCCAAGAGUCCUACCCUGUCCCGGACCCGACUAUUGUGGAUCCCUGCCCGGCUGCGGUGCGGAACGGCCAGUGCGCCCCAGAUGGCUUCACCAAUAACCAUCACCAGCAAGCCAAAACCCCCAGCCAGCCCGAGACGUUCACCACGGGCCAGGAGAUGAAAAUAACAGAUAGUGUGGAGGGAGAAGGUCUCCUCGAGAGCAGCAUGCGCCUGAAGCCCCACGAGGCUCAGAGCUACAGGAAGAAGGCACUCUGGGUCUCCUGGGUCUCCAUCGUGGUCACGCUCAUUCUGGCUGUGGCAGCUUUCACUGGCAUGGCUCGGCUGAGGAUCGACUGGCACAGUCCCGAUCGGUCGGCCAGCUCCCUCUGGAAUGCCCCGGUUGCCAGGAACCCCAGUGUGGUCAGCACCUGUAUGGGCACAGGCAGCGCAUGGCUCCUGGCUGUGUUGCGCUCCAAGGCCAGCCGCAGCUCUGCGCACAGUUCCACGAGGAUUGCCCUCGGGAACCUAAAGCGGCUGAUGAGCCAGUCGUCAUCGUGUGCCAGCCACAGCCUCACAGAGCUGCUGGCAUGA